UAUUGAGAGAUAGAACCUGAUCAAUAAUAAUAUAACUUGUGUGCAACAAACACCCCGUGUGUGUUGUUCUUCUUUCACACAACACGGUUCCAAUGUCUGAGUCUGAAUUAGUCUCUUCUGAUGAUCAAUCUCCCCCAUCCUCCACAUCAAGUAUUCCAACCAUCCAAAUGGUCUCAAAAUCCUUCUCUGAAAGGCUUAUGGGGAAAUUCUUUGAUGUCUCUCAAUUCGAUUUUGUGUAUGAACAAAGUGGGUUGUGGUCUCCUCCUGUAAGUAGGACUGUGUUUUUGGCCUCACCAGGUAACAUUUGUUCUCGGGAUGAAAUGUUGAGGAAGCUCAAGAAGGCAAAGAGGAAUUGGAAGAAAUCACCCAUGUUAUGCAUCUUCAACGUCUUUUGGUGCUCUUCAAGUUGAUCAUGGCAGCUAAAUGCAUAAAGUGCAUAUGCCAACUAUAAUCUCUUUUGGGAUAAAGUCGUCUUUGUCUCAGAAUAUAAAUGAUCUGUACUUUUCAAUGUGCAUAUGACAAGUGAGUGCUGCUGCUUUGCCUACUAUGUGAUCCAAUGGAAUCAUGAUCUUGAUUCGUAGGAGACCCAUUAAUGAGAUAUUAUAUAAGUACUUGAUAGUUACAAGUCUUUAUCCCAAACUUUCAUAUUUUAAUUUCAUGUUUUUAAUGCAAUAUUGAUGUGUAUGCUAACUUAAUUUUCUUAAACACAACAUAUAGU